CUGCUUGUUCAGUGCCAGCAGAUCCAAGAUGCUCUCCAUUAUACUGAUGGUCUUGGCCAGGUUCUCCAAAACCAUGCUAUCAUUGACCAUUGUGUCUAUUCUGUCCCUUACUCAAACUAUUUGUGGCAUAUAGAUGGACAUCACAAGCUUAUCUGCUGGGGUUUAGUACUCCAUGGCAGCACAGAUGGAUCAGAUCAUUUG